AUGCCCCGUGGGAGAAAGCAUGGGGCCCAGAGCUGGACUUCCAUGGGCUCGCUCUUCACCAACGUCAGGGUGGACGGGCGAGGGAGUCUCGGUGGCCCCGGGCUGGAGGCCGACGCUGGAGGAGGUGGUGCCCGGUCUCACACGGGGCGCCCAACCGCCCCAACCAAAGCUCAAGAGGGCCCCCUUGUGGAGACUCCCAUGAACAGCCUGAGGGCCCCUUGUCCUGGAGUGCAGAGUCCUUCAGCCACCACGUGGCAGUGCCUGGCCACGGCAGCCCGCACUGCAGAGGCGACUGGGACGGCAAGGGGUAGCCGCGUCCACUGGGAACCCCGCUGCCAACAGCCGCUGCCCAACAGAGCGCCCAUCGCUGCACUGCUGCCCCCACGCCUCGACGGGCCCUGGGUCUCCACCGGCUGUGAGGUGCGCCCAGGACCUGAGUUCCUCGCCCGCUCCUAUACCUUCUACCCCAACCGCCUCUUCCGAGCCUACCAGUUCUACUACAGGGACCCCUUCUGCCGGGAGCCUGCCCACUCCCUGCUCAUCAAGGGCAAGGUCCGCCUGCGCCGGGCCUCCUGGGUCACCCAAGGUGGCACUGAGGCCGACUACCACCUGCACAAGGUGGGCAUCGUCUUUCACAGCCGCCAUGCCCUGCUCGAUGUCACCAGGAGCCUCAACCAGACCUGGGCAGGCCGGGACUGUGCCCAGCGGCUGCCCCCGGCCCGGGCCUGGCUGCCCGGGGCACUGUAUGAGCUGCUGAGUGCCCGGGCCAAGUGGGACUGCACAGAAGCCCUGGGCUUCAGCAUGCAUGAGCUCAGCCUGGUCCGCAUGCAGCGCCACCUGCAGCUGCAGCCCCGGGCCGGGCCCCAGCUAGUGGAGGAGCUAUACCUGGGGGACAUCCACACCGACCAAGUGGAGAGGCGGCACUACCGGCCCACAGGCUACCAGCGCCCGCUGCAGAGUGCCCUGCACCACGCCCGCCCCUGCCCAGCGUGCAGCCUCAUUGCACGCUCCGACGAGCACCACCCGCCCGUGCUGCCCCCCCAGGUGGCCCUGCCCCUGCGCCUGGGUGGCCGGUGGGUCAGCCCCGGGUGCGAGGUGCGCCCCGCCGUGCUGUUCCUCACCAGGCUCUUCACCUUCUACGGGCACAACCGCUCUUGGGAAGGAUAUUACCGCCACUUCUCAGACCCCACCUGCCGCCAGCCCACCUUCACGGUCUAUGCAGCCGGCCGCUACACCAGGGGCACGCCCUCUAGCAAGGUCCUCGGUGGCACCGAACUGGUGUUUCAGGUCACACAGGCCCGAGUGACUCCCAUGGACCAGGUCACCACGGCCAUGCUCAACUUCUCCGAACCCAGCAGCUGCGGGGGCCCGGGGGCCUGGUCCCUGGGAACCGAGCGGGACGUCACAGCCACCAAUGGGUGCCUGCCGCUGGGCAUCAGGCUCCCCCACGUGGAGUACGAGCUUUUCAAGAUGGAGCUAGACCCCCUCGGGCAAAGCCUGCUCUUCAUCGGACAAAGGCCCACGGACGGGUCAAGUCCCGACACCCCGGAGAAGCGUCCCACAUCCUACCAAGCACCCCUGGUGCUCUGUGGCGGAGUGGCCGAGGGAGUCUCUGGGCCCGCGCCACACAGGCCUCUGCAGAAGCCCCUCAGUGGUGGGGGGCCAUGUCCUCCAGCAGCCCCUCUCCCCGUCCUGCCCCUAGCUCUAGGGCUGGCCUUCCUCAAGUGGUUAUGA